AUGAAGUCAGCAGGACGAGACACUUCGUUCAUGGAGCUAGAGGAACGCGUCAUGGAUCAAGCGGAGGAGAUUGACAGCCUGAGCGCUGCCAUGGAUCUACCAUCUGACCGUGAGAAGAGUUACGCCCUCAUCUCAUGCCUCACCGGGAAAGCCCUGGAGUGGGCCAGCGCUGUGCGUAGAGAGGAGUAUGCGGUGUUGAACCAUUUGAGGAGUUCAUCCGCCAUUUCCGGAAGAUCAUCGGGCUCCCACUCUGCAGCGGGAUCAUCAGGCUCCCAUGCCUCAGCCGGCUCGCCAGGCUCUCACGCUCCUACCGGUUCAUUGGGCCUCCACCCCCCAACCGGCUUGCCCAGCGCCCAUGUCCCGGCCGGAUUGCCCAGAUACACAGAGUGUGUCCACAACUCCUCCAAUUCAGGUACUCCAGAACUCUAUGUGGACCAACAAGAGAUGACUGGAGUUGUAGGAGGGAGCGUCACCGUGCUCUGUUACUAUAGUUCAUAUGGAGGCAGCAGGAGGUGGUGCAGGAUGGGAGGCUCUUGUGUGGCUGUGGGAAGUUCUGAAGCUUUCGAUGGAACAGUUGUGAAGUUAGUGCAGGAGCAGAGAGAAACCACCAACGGUUUUGUCUUAACGGUGACUAUGAGUGGAUUGAUGAUGGAGAACACUGGCUGGUACUGGUGUGAAAAGGGAGACCUACAGAUAACUGUUCAUAUCACUGUCAAUCAACCAACCACAACACAGAGCACCACCACAACAACACAAGCUCCAACCUCUCACCAAACCUCACUAACCAGUGCUGAGUCUAACACUUCUCCACCCACAGUUACCCCUUCUGUUACAGACAGGGACAAUGUUGUAACUAAUGAGAACACAGAUGAGAAGCACCAGAGUUUGCUGGAAGUCCUGUUCAUUCCUCUGAGCCUGUUGGUGGUGUUGAUAGCUGUUACCUUGGUCACAUUGAAGAUGUUGAGAAAACAUAAGGACAAGAAGGCAAAGGACCAACCAACAAACACCUCAGUACAGCCUGCUGACCCUGAGCAGGACAUUACCUACAGCACUGUGAGGUACAUCAGAGGAACAGCACAACAGGACCUAAACUCUGACAUGGUGACUUAUACAGCAAUGUGAUUCCUAAGCAGCACUGGACAGCACAAAGGAAGGACUCAUUUACCGAUGAUGCAGUGACAUACAGCACCGUGGUCACCAAGAACAAGACCCAACCAAAUGUAGGCCUACAUAAAAAGUUGCUCUACUGUGUUGAUGAUUUGAUACAGUAGGCCGCAAAGUACCAGACGAGAUGUUGGGGAAAAUACUGGAGGAUCUCAGUGUACUAGGGCAUCAGAACAAACGUCUCCAGAUUGAGUAACAUAUAAAAUUAUUUUAUUUCUCACCUCCUGUCCCAACCCUUUGUCCUCAUUACUUUAUUGUUCUAUCUAUCUUGUUAAUCUGCAUAUGUUAUAGACUAAAAGUCUUGUACUUAUAAUAAACUGUGCCCAUG